GGCCACAGCGUUUUCAACUCUGUUCAAAGAUAGUGUUGCAGUGAACGACUCUCGAUCACCAUGUCCGACCACAGUCAAACUCCUGCGUGGCUAAACGAUCAUUUUUUCACAGAAAUAUUGAAACAAUCUGAAAAUGAUCCUUCUCUUCAGCUGGUGGGUGAAUGCAUACUACGUCCGGCAACCCUUGGGGACCACUAUGGUAGCGUAAUGUUCCGCACUGCGAUUCGCUAUCAAUCGGAAAGGUUACCCGAGGAGCAGGAAAUAAGCCUGAUCAUCAAAACUCAACCGACAGCAGAAGGAUACAAGAAGGAAGUGUCCAAGGAUAGUAAGAUAUUUUCCAAGGAAAUUCUAAUGUACAGGGAAAUUCUUCCUGCCAUGGCGAAGGUGCUAAAAGAAGCCGGUGAAGAAUUCGAAGUUGCUCGAUUGAUUUAUGCAUCGAUCCAGCCGAAUACCGUUAUCGUGUUGGAAGAUAUGACUCCAAAGGAUUGGUUGCCGAAUCGUGUCUGCAUCGGAAGUAUCGAAGAAGUGAUGCAUACUUUGAGAAAUAUUGCAAAUUUUCACGCAGCUUCGCUUUAUCUCAAUCAGCAUAAGAUCAUGGAUCUAUCAUCGAACAGCAUAAAGGAGAUUCUGUGCGAAGGCAUGGUGCUCACUCAGUUCAGCACGAGAUUCGAAGAGUUUUGUGACGCUGUUGGAAAGUGGGAUGACUGCGAAACAUUCACUGGAAAGUUGAGAACCCUACUCAAAUCGGUGGGUCCGAAAUACGCAAACGUGUACACUCCCAAUCCGCAAACCGUAGGAUACAAUGUGCUUAACCAUGGGGACAUGAAUUGGAAAAACAUUUUGGUCAAGAAGAACUCCGACGGGCGAAUCGUGGAUUCCAUGCUGAUUGAUUACCAGUGCUGUCAUUGGGGAACGCCGGCAAUUGAUGUCCUGUACUUGUUGGACUUGAUAGUCGAUAAUGAUACCAAGAAGGCGCAUAGGAAUCGUAUCGUGUACGAAUAUCAUCAUCAUUUUGCAGCGGUUUUGGCUAAACUAGGGUACAUGGAGAAGAUUCCUAGUCUAGUGGACCUGCAAAUGGAACUGCUUCGGAUGGGAUUCCUUGAGGUCAUGCACGUGGUUGUAUUCGAAAAGUUCAAAUUCGAAGAGCUUACCGACACAACAUUCGACAACUUCGAUCAGGGUAAUCCGGAUGAUCCAUGCUAUGAAACCGAACCGUUCAGCAGUAUCAUUCGAUCGGAACUGCCAGCGCUGAUGUACAGGGGCUUGUUGGAUCAGUGAUGCGGUAGAUGGAGCAAGUCAAACUAGUAAUUCUGAUUUAUCGUUUUAAGAAUUCGGAUAUUGUAGAUUGUCCAAACUGUCCCAGUGUUCGAAUCAUUCAAUGUAUUGUAUCAUGUACAGAGUUCAGAGAUGUUUUUUUGUACUGAAAUAUAUCGGAGAAGAUCCAUCAUGAGCCUA